GUCGCUGAUUGGAUGGUUUCGGUUGGUAGGGGAAGGGUGACAACGCAGAGCUAGAUCGGCAGGAAGAUGGCGGGGAUCAAAGCUCUAGUUGGUUUAUCCUUCAGUGGUGCCAUAGGCCUGACUUUCCUCAUGUUGGGAUGUGCCCUUGAACAAUACGGCAUUUACUGGCCCUUGUUUGUGCUGAUAUUUUACUUCCUGUCACCUAUCCCGACCUUUAUUGCACGAAGAUUGGGUGAUGACACCGAUGCAGCAAGCAGUGCCUGUCGUGAACUUGCAUAUUUUUUCACCACAGGGAUUGUUGUUUCUGCCUUUGGGCUCCCAAUAAUACUUGCUCGAGUUUCAGUGAUCCAGUGGGGAGCCUGUGGACUCGUGCUGGCAGGCAAUGCAGUAAUCUUUCUCACCAUUUUGGGCUUUUUCCUAGUGUUUGGUAGAGGGGAUGACUUUAGUUGGGAGCAAUGGUAGUUUUGCAAUGAACCCUGGAUAUGAUGACCCUUUGAUGCUGAACCUACUAAAACUCCAACUAAAGUGCAGUGUGUACCAUCUGUAAAUGCAGCAUUCAAAAAUAACCCAAGAUUUAUUUGUAUAUUAAAUUUAGUUAUUUCAUGACCUAGGUCUGUGCUAAUCUCGCAAUUCCAAAAUAGUAAAAUUUUAUUUGAACACAAAGAUGGGCCUUUGCAAGUAUUUGCCUGUGUUGACCAAUGAACAAAAUAUAUUGUAGGGUGCAUGAUGACAUCUACUCCGAUGAGAGGAAAGUAUACUCCUUGGUUCUUGAAACGUGCAUCAGGUUUUUCGUUUUAAUACAUUGUAUAAACAAAAGUAAAAAAAGUAAAACUAUUGGAGGAGUUCUGAUGUGAUUGGUGGCAUUGUUAGUUGAAUUUGACUGGGGGAUUUACCAUUGGCCCACUCCUGCGGUAUAGAGAGGUAUAAAUCCUCUUGACUAGUUAGUUAUUUGUUCUGCCUCUUUUUAGCCAAAAAGACCAUCAUUAUUGACCUGGCAUUUACCUUGAUGUCAGAGCUUUUACAAUGCAUCUUGAGCAAC